ACACACACACACACACACACACACACACACACACACACACACACUACUGUGCUGCGGCAGUGGCACACCUUCUAUGAUUACUUCUCUAAGGAAGGCUUCCCACCCUGGAAUAUGAGAGGGUUUCAUGCGCCAGGUUUAUCUGUGCACUCAGUUUCUCAUUGGACAAGUCCAGGUACUCUCUCCCUGUUUCACAGCUAUUUUUCUCAGUUUGUUGCCAAAUGAACAUGACCCAGAACUCACAACAGGUACUAGUCCAUGCCAGCUGUUCAGUGACAUUUAUAGCAUAUAUUGUUGGGAAUUAAAGUGGAUGACAACAUGCAAAUCAAACAUGGUAGCUUCGUGGAAUGCACGACAUUCCAUAACCUGACAGGAGUCAAGUCAAACCACAUUCUAGUACCAGGCUUGAUUAACGUUGUAGAGUGUCUCAGUCGAGCAGGUUCUAAACCAUGAUGCCUGCAGGAUCCGCCCCCUUUGCCUCGGAACCCACAUUUAACCAGAUUGUCUCAGUAAGGGAGUGCCUAACGGAGGGAUGGCCCAGUUUCAGGAGGAGAUGAGGCAGCAGCUGGAGACCUCCAUGCACGCAGAGCUGGAGAAACUACUGGACACUGCCACAGGGGUCGACAAGGAGGUCUCCAAGAAGGACUUUGAUGGAUUCAGGAAGCUGUUCCACAGGUUUCUGCAGGUGAAGGGGCCAUCGGUGGACUGGCCCAAGAUACACAGACCCCCAGAAGACUCAAUCCAGCCCUAUGAUAAGAUAGCAGCGCUGCCCCUGCCGGACAACCUGGCAGACAGUCUCAACAAGCUGGUGGUCGUCAAGUUGAAUGGAGGCCUGGGGACCAGCAUGGGCUGUAAAGGCCCCAAGAGCCUCAUCAGCGUCCGCCGAGAACACUUUCCUGACCUCACCGUGCAGCAGAUAGAGCGGUCUGAGGCACUGCAUCUCAACGGUCUGAGGCACUCCAUCUCAGCGGUCCGAGGCACUGCAUCGCAGCUGUCUGAGGCCCUGCAUCGCAGCUGUCGGAG